AGUAUGUUGAGAAAUAACAAAAAUCUUUCAAGGAUAAUUAUACAUUUGUAUAGAAUUAUCAUAAAAACAUAGAGAAUGAUUGUGAACAGUUUGAAAAUGACGUCACGAAUUAUCAUAAAUACUUUGAGAAUGAUCGUAAGUAAGUAGAAAAUUAACGUAAAUCAGUCUUCAUCUGCUAAAUUACAGGAAUCAGGAUUAAUUAAAAUAUUUUAAAUUUUCUGUUUUGACCUUUGAACCCAAGCUUUUUUUUCUCCAAUGACACUUUUUUUUUUUUCCUUCUCACCUUUGACCCCUAACGCCCCGCAUGACCCGUUUGAUGCCGGACCACGGAUUUCAUAUUAACCUGCCUGGAGCUGCCCCAAGUAAACGUAAAGUACUGAAGUUAGAUUUUGCCAAUCCGUCAAUCAAAUCAGCCACCAGAUUCAACCUCAGCACUGCGGGACCGCCCUUCCAGAACCCUCACAUAGAACGUUUGCGCACACACAGUAUUGAAUCAUCAGGAAAGUUAAAGAUUUCUCCAGAGCAGCACUGUGACUUCACGGCGGAGGACCUGAAGGACCUGGGGGAGAUCGGCCGGGGAGCGUACGGCUCCGUCAACAAGAUGGCGUACAAACCCAGCGGACAGAUCAUGGCUGUAAAGAGGAUCAGGUCGACGGUGGAUGAGAAGGAGCAGAAGCAGUUGCUGAUGGAUCUGGACGUGGUGAUGAGGAGCAGUGACUGUCCCUACAUUGUCCAGUUCUACGGAGCACUUUUCAGAGAGGGCGACUGUUGGAUAUGUAUGGAGCUCAUGUCUACCUCUCUCGACAAAUUCUAUAAAUAUGUAUAUUCCACGUUGGAGGAUGUGAUCCCCGAGGAGAUCUUGGGCAAAAUUACACUAGCGACUGUGAAAGCACUUAACCACUUAAAAGAAAACUUGAAAAUAAUUCACAGAGACAUUAAGCCAUCGAACAUUCUGUUGGACAGGAACGGGAACAUUAAGCUGUGUGAUUUCGGGAUCAGCGGGCAGCUCGUCGACUCCAUCGCGAAGACUCGAGACGCAGGCUGCAGGCCGUACAUGGCACCGGAGAGAAUAGACCCCAGUGCCUCCAGACAGGGUUAUGAUGUACGCUCAGACGUCUGGAGUUUGGGAAUCACACUGUACGAGUUGGCGACCGGUCGGUUUCCGUACCCGAAGUGGAACAGUGUGUUUGAUCAGCUCACACAGGUGGUGAAAGGAGAUCCUCCACAACUCAGCAACUCGGAGGAGAGAGAGUUCUCCCCCAAGUUCAUCAACUUCGUCAACCUGUGCCUUACAAAGGAAGAGUCGAAAAGGCCAAAGUACCGAGAACUUCUGAAACACCCGUUCAUCCAGAUGUACGAGGAGCGCUCUGUAGACGUGGCCAGUUACGUGUGCAGGAUCCUCGACCAGAUGCCUGCGUCCCCCAGCUCGCCCAUGUACGUGGACUAAACACGCACGCGCACGCCGAUCCACGUGGAGGACAAACAGAAACGCAAGCUGUCGUGUAAAGUUUCGCUUCGUCACAGAACCCUGCAGUGUUCCUCGGAAACGCAGAGACGCCCCGAGCAGUGAGACGGCUGUCCUCAAUCACGCCUGCACAAACACAUACUGUCUGUCUCUCUGUCUGUCUCGUGUCUCACCUCACAGCACGCACCUCCGCUGAUGUGUGGUCUCCGCUUGAGGACGCCUCGUCUCUGGACAUACUGUACAUACACCCUGCUGCUCUCUCUGUGUGUGUGUGUGUGUGUGUGUGUGUGUGUGUGUGUGUUCUGGUCAUGGAGGUCUGCAGAGCGGCCGUACCGAAGCGCUGCUCACGCUGGUCUAUCUGCUCUCUGCCUGAUGAUGGCUCAAUCCCAAACGCCCUGCUCCAUACACAAGCGCACUACGUAGGGUGUUUAAUAAUGGCUCCUGCACCCUAUGUAGUGCAUUGUUUUAUUUGGGAUUCAGCCCAUGAUUGUGUCCUUACUGUAUAAUGAUUCAUGUUCUGAUAUAUAAAAUAAAUAAACUGGAAAUGUA